GUGACGUCACGCUCAGCAACAGGCGUCCGCCAGAGAACGAGAGGAAAAACACUUUGAACUGCAAUAACAGACACAGAAAACACACUUCCACGCGAACUUGUAUGGGUAUCUGAACAUUUACUGCUUCUGCGGUAAAUACAACACUUAAAGGUAUUCGUGAUCCGUCGACCAAUGUUCGCCAGCAAAAUUCUCGCGGAAGGAAAGUUUGGGAAGGCCUCUGACGUCACGCCUCUCGGGACUCUUUAAUCUAGUAACGUUACAGGAAAAAAACAAGAAGAAGAAGAACGUUACAGGACUGGGCGGUUUGUUUUGAACAACUAUCUGUACUUUUAACUCGUUUUAAAAGGUAAACAGUCGUACAGUCCGAUCCGGAUUGAAGUCUUGGUGGAAAACAUCGCUCCUGAUCUCGCGACGCGAAAAUGAUGCCGAUGUUCCUGACCGUGUACCUCAGUAACAGUGACCAGCACUUCUCCGAGGUGCCCAUCACGCCGGAGACCGUGUGCGGUGACGUGCUGGGGCUGUGUCAGGAGCCGGGCGAGGCCAGCUGUCACCUGGCUGAAGUGUGGAGAGGCUCAGAGCGAGCGGUCGGCGAGAGCGAGAGGAUGAUGGAUCUGCUGCUGCAGUGGGGACAGGAGAGGCCCGAGGUCCGGUUCUUUCUGCGUCAGGGCAGAUCACCCAACCUGCCGACAGACUCCAGGAGCGGGAAUCAGAAGAGGAACGGAGUCCAGAGGCCCACAGACAGACGGCCGGAGAAUGGAGUGAGCAUGACUCUGUCAGAGCUGCAGGAGAUGUCUGCCAGACAGCAGCAUCAGAUUGACUCCCAGCAGCAGCUCCUGGCCUCCAAGGAGCAGCGCUUGUGUUUCCUGAAGCAGCAGGAGCACAGGCAUCAGCAGACGUCCUCGCAGCAGAAGAAGCUGCAGCAUCUGAGGGACGCCGUGGACAAACAGGAGGCGAAGCUGAAGAUGGUGCGGGCUCUGAAGGGACAGGUGGAGCAGAAGCGCCUCAGCAACGGGAAGCUGGUGGAGCAGGUGGAACAGAUGAACAAUAUACUCCUCCAGAAGCAGAAAGAGUUGGUAGUCGCCGUGUCUAGAGUGGAAGAACUGAAGAAACAGCUGGAGACCCUGAAAAACGGGCAGCUGGACGUGCUUCACAGUAACCACAGCUCAGUGGCCGAGCUGGACCGACUCUACAGAGAACUACAGAUGAGGAAGAACCUGAACCUGGAGCAGAGCGCUAAACUCCAGAAGCAGAGAGAGAACCUGAACAAGAGGAACCAGGAUGUGGCCAGCAUGGACAGACGAGUCGGUGAGCUGCGAGAUCGCCUGUGGAAGAAGAAAACUGCCCUUCUGCAGAAGGAGAACCUCCCCCUGCCUUCAGAUGGCCAGACAGCGCCGCAGACAGGACCGGCCCGUGUGGCUGCUGUUGGCCCUUAUAUCCAGUCCUCUCUGAUGCCCAGGGGCCCCGUUAAACAGGACCUGUCCAUUAAACACACGUACCCAGACGGCACAGCGACUGUACCUCAUCAGCACAAGACCCCUCACCCAGACGCAGGUAAGGUGUCGUCAAAGAUGUUUAACUGGAAGAUGGGUGGUAAUGUUGGGUCGUCCAGUCUUCCACGCACGGUGGCCCAGGCAUCUAAAAACCAAGAUAACUCAGACGUGCUGAAGCGGGACCCCAGGGUGCGCCCGGUCUCCAUGUUUGAGUCCAUUGAUCCACCGGCAGCUUCUUUACGGAAGAACCAGAGCAGUGAGGACCUUGCGUCUCCUUACACUCAGAGCGCUGUCAAGAACACAGUCAAGGUUCCUCCUCCAGUUCCAACUAAACCCAAACAGGCCAAUCUUCCCUCUGGUGGCCAGAUGGGAUACGGCAAGGCUGCCCCCAGUGCCGGCACCUUCCCUGGGAAGAGUAAACCUUCGGCUCAGCAGCUGCCCACUGGAUCCCAGUCUGGUAGUACUCUUCCCAAACAGGAGGCUCCCCCAGCUGCAACCGUAUUCCCCUUCAGCCUCGAACCUCCUGGGGCCAAAGACUCCGGACAGGUCCUGCGUAAGCCCCAGAUGCUGGCCACCAGCUCCAUCUACUCCAUGUACACGCAGCCACAUGGCGUGCAGGGAACGCUGAGCCGACCCCAGACCCAGAACCGUGGCAGCAACUUCAUCAGCGUUUAUGGUAAACCAGUGACCCCCGCAGGCCAGCAGUCUCAAAACCAGCCCCCUGAGAACCCGUACCUGGACUCAUCCAGUGGCCCAGAAACAGAGACGGACCACAGCGCUGGAGGAUCUGCUUCAGAGAACCAUGAGAGCGAGCGGACCCCCAGACCCCUCAGUCCCACCAAACUGCUGCCCUUCAUCUCCAACCCCUACCGCUGCCAGAGCGACGUCGACUUAGAGGCUCUCCGGAAGAAACUCUACAACGCGCCCAGACCCCUGAAGAAGCGCAGCUCCAUCACGGAGCCCGAGGGCCCGGGCGGCCCCAACAUCCAGAAGCUCUUGUACCAGAAGACCACUCUGGCGGCGAUGGACACCGCAGUGAGUCCUCCUGGAGAAGAGGAGAUGCCCGCAGAUCCUUACAGCGCUGAUGGAGCUUCUCUUGAGGGACCAGAGCAGCCUGUCCCUGAGCCAGUGGAGUCCACAGCCGUCCCAGACACUGAGCGAGAGGACAUGCCUCCUCCACCACCCUCACACCCGGCCCCACAGCCCCACGCUUCCUUCCUCUCUCCACCGGACAGCCCUCCUCCUCCUCCUGCUCCUGACAGCUGCCCCGAGGACUUUCCUCCUUAUCCUCCUCCUCCGUACCCCAGCGGCGCUGAGCAGGACAAUCCAGAGGACUCCUUCAACAUGAAGCCUCCUGAGGUCACCGGCCAGGUUCCCUUCCCACCGGGUAAGAGGACGAACCUGCGUAAGGCCAGCUCAGAGCGCAUCGACCACAGCAUGAGAGUGCACUUCAAUCCUCUGGCUCUGUUACUGGACUCAUCGCUGGAGGGAGAGUUCGAUCUGGUGCAGAGGGUCAUUUAUGAGGAAAGUCCCAGUUCACUGUGUGUGGAGGAUCCCAGUCAGCCUAAUGAUGAGGGAAUCACGGCGCUGCAUAACGCAGUGUGUGCCGGCCACACGGAGAUCGUUAGCUUCCUGGUGCAGUUUGGAGUCAAUGUGAACGCCGCUGACAGUGACGGAUGGACGCCCCUGCACUGCGCCGCGUCCUGUAAUAAUGUGCAGGUGUGUAAGUUCCUGGUGGAGUCUGGGGCGGCCGUGUUUGCCAUGACCUACAGCGACAUGCAGACGGCAGCGGACAAGUGUGAGGAGAUGGAGGAGGGCUACUCUCAGUGCUCUCAGUUCCUCUACGGCGUCCAGGAGAAGAUGGGCAUCAUGAACCGUGGGCUGGUGUACGGCCUGUGGGACUACGAGAGCGAGCAGGACGACGAGCUGUCCUUCAGAGCGGGCGACUGCAUGACGGUGGAGCGGCGGGAGGACGAGGACGAGACCGAGUGGUGGUGGGUGCGCUCGGCCAGCGGAGAGGGAUACGUGCCCCGAAACCUGCUGGGGUUGUAUCCAAGAAUUAAACCUCGUCAGCGGAGUCUGGCUUAAGUGCUUGAGCGAGGACACUGUGUCCGACCAUCUCCUCGUUUGACC